AUGCAUUUCUACUUCUCGACCGCUGUCCUCGCAGUGCUCCUCCGCAUCGCCCUCUGUGAUAUCGUCUACUACGAGGGUAUUAGCAGUGUGGUAACCUCUACUUCCACUCCCAUCACUUACUACUCUCCAACAACCUUAAUCUCUACUGCCUAUCCAACUAGUAUCGAGAUAACAGCCACCGAAUACUCCACAACUCUUACUUAUCACUCAUAUCCCCCUCACCCAACCAGCAAGCCAACUUCCACAGAACAAACAGCUUAUAUCCUACCCACUAGCGAACCUCCAACUACAACACAACCUACUACUUAUACAUACCCCACAACUGCCACAUCUUCAUCACCAAGCACCUGCAUAUCUCCAACUUUCACCUGGACGGAACCAACUACCGUUCCUACAGAUCUACCUAGCUAUGGCAGUUACCGCUAUCAAUGCUUGCCGCUACUAUUGAAGUAG